AUGAGUGAAAAACAAUAUAUUUUGGGCAUGGACAUAGGCACAACUUCAGUCAAAGUGUGCGUGUACGAUCCCGUAACGACAGAGAUUGUGGCUAAACAAAAUAAGGAUACAGCAGCGAAUAUACCAAGUGAUCAAGGUAUCGAAGGGAACAAGCAGGAUGUUCCAAAAAUAGUGUCAGCCGUGCACUACUGUGUGUCACGGCUUCCGAGAGAUGUGCUGCGACAUGUGACAAAAAUUGGGGUGUGCGGCCAGAUGCACGGAGUCGUUCUUUGGAAGAGCGGUGCUUGGGAAAAGAUCGAAAAAGAUGGCGUUGUGGUAAGAUUUGAGGGUAUUAGAGAGAAUAUGUCGGCUUUGUAUACAUGGCAAGACGUAAGGUGCAAGCCGGAAUUUCUGGAUUCGCUGCCAAAACCAGAUUCGCAUCUCAAAUGCUAUUCCGGAUACGGAUGCGCUACCCUCUUGUGGAUGUUAAAACAUAAACCCGAAAAGCUAAAAAACUUCAGUUAUGCUGGAACUGUACAAGAUUUCAUCGUGGCAAUGCUUUGUGACUUAGAGACCCCGAUAACGUCAGAUCAGAACGCAGCGAGCUGGGGUUAUUUCAACACGGAGAAAAAUGAGUGGAACGUCGAUAUUUUAAAAUCUGUUGAUUUCCCGGUUGAUCUAUUGCCCAAAGUUGUGAAAAGUGGCGAUUUUGUUGGACAACUGAAAGAGUCAUGGAGUGGAAUUCCGGAAGGUACACCAGUAGGUGCAGCUAUGGGAGAUUUACAAUGCUCGAUAUUGGCUACACUUGAAAGUGAAUAUGAUGCUGUUCUAAACAUAUCAACUUCAGCUCAGCUUGCGAUUGUAGUAAAAAACAUUUCGGAUUUGGGAUGUAGUACCGUAGAACAUUUGCCAUAUUUUCACAAUACCUAUUUGGUGGUCGCGGCGUCGCUGAACGGUGGAAAUGUUCUAGCCACUUUCGUAAAAAUGCUUCAGCAAUGGAUGCUUGAAUUCGGUUUCCCAAUUCCUCAAUCAAAAGUAUGGGAAAAACUUAUUGCACUUGGAAUGCAAGCACCAGAGGCAUCUACUAUGAAAAUAAGCCCCCAUUUAUUGGGUGAGAGACAUCUACCAACUGCAAAAGCAGCUGUGGAAAAUAUAGAUCUUUCUAAUAUACAACUAGGAUUGGUUUUUAGGUCUAUUUGUGAUAGUUUGAUAGAGAAUUUACAUGACAUGAUGCCGAAAGAACUAUGUCGUAAUGCAAAAAUAAAAAGAAUUGUUGGAAAUGGAUCAGGGUUGUCAAGGAAUCCUGUUUUGCAAAGGGCUGUGGAGCACUAUUACAGUUUACCCUUGGAAUUCACAAAGGGUGGCGACGCUGCAAAAGGGGCAGCUAUAGCUGUCUUGUAAAUAUAAUAACAAACGAAAUAUGCCCCUUGCUGGGCACAGGCCUCCCAUAAAUCAACCAAAGCAAGAAUGGAUAUAUCAUAUUCCACCAACAACAAUAUAUUAUAUAAUAAUAGUUUUUGAAUUAUCUUCUAUAUAAUAAGUUCAACAUGACAAUGAAUAUAAACACAUUUUGUAUAAUGAAAAAUGCACUGUUAAUAAUAAAUGACUCCCACAGGGAUUGUUAA